AUGAAGUUCUUCGCCGUCACUCUCUUGGCUCUUGCCACUGCCGUCAUGGCCGCUCCCUCAGGUCCGUCAAAGCGUGUCAUAGCAAAGCGUCAGAACAAACCGGCUAACCUCGUGGCAGGCAAUGACAAGGACAUCUUUAUCCGCCAGGAGUUUGUCGUUGACACCGACACGGCGGCCAUGACGGACUCGCAGGGCAAUGUCGUUCCCUUUGAUUCCUCCAACGUCAACCUGGCCAACACGGAUGCUGGAUUUUAA